AUGCGUGGUGGCUUUAGAAGGGGGCGGUUUGACAGGCUUCCACAGCCAGGGGCGGUGAACAGCUAUUCCGAGGCAAUUUAUCCACCUCGUGUGUACCAUUACUACACCCAACAAUCUGGCGUUGCCGCUUCUUCUUCGGCGGGAGUCAUCGUGCCAAGCAUUGACGAUGGAGUUGGUGAAACACGUGGACGAGAGGCAAUUCCACAGGGCGUUGGCCCAGUGAUGGAUAAAAAGUCUCCGCCAUUACUCCGUGACUUUGUUGGUUGCUUUAUUGAUGGCAAUCAACAUGUGGCCAAUUCUCGUGCCUUUGCCAUUUUGGAUUCGGGGAAAGAACCUCUCAAUGUGCUUCAUUAUCCAACAUUGCUUGGAGUUAACAGAAAAGAUGAGGACGCAGGGGCUCCCAUAGCGGAUAAAAAUGCAGCACAUGUUUCGACCGCUGGAGAUCACGAAAUACGUCGCUGGGAGGAUUCAUUGGGGCUUCCAGCUGAACUCAGAAUAUAUGGACUGGCAAAGUCUACUGGCGACAUGUCAACUGCCGCGGUGGAUCGUCUUCGCAUUCGUCCUUCCAAACGAAAACGCAUCGUGAAGCCGAUACGACGAGGAACGAAGGUGGUUGUUCUUCCUCCUGCUUGCACCGAAGACGCUCAGGAGAUUAAAAAAGUAAGACGAAUUGUAGGCGAAGAGGGAGAAACUGAAGGUGGGAAUAGGGCGCAACCAAGGCGCGAGAACGACGACCGGAACGAGGAGGGAAGUGGUGGUUUUGACAGAGAGGAUGAUGAGGCAUCAUUGUCCUAUAAUAUCGAUGACGAUGACGACGGCGGUGAUUUGGAUGGACCCGAGGGAAGCGGUGGUGAGGAAGACUUUUUUUGA